AUGUCCCCCUUUUCCUUCCGUCGCCCUCGCGAUAUCCCUUCCCCCUCCCGUCGCCUGUCCGCUCUCUCUCCCGUCGCCUGUCCGCUCCCCCCGCCCUCGCCUUCGUGCUCUCUCCCCCGUUGCCUUCGUGCUCUCCCUCCCGUCGGCUUCGCGCCCUCCCUCCCGUCUCCUUCGCGCUCUCCCUCCCGUUGCCUGUCCGCCCUCCCUCCCGUCUCCUUCGCGCUCUCCCUCCCGUUGCCUGAACCCCCGUCCCUCCCUUCGCCUUCGCGCUCUCUCUCCCGUCGCCUCUUCGCGCCCUCCCUCCCGUCUCCUUUGCGCUCUCCCUCCCGUAGCCUGUCCGCCCUCCCUCCCGUCUCCUCGCGCUCUCCCUCCCGUUGCCUGUCCGCCCUCCUUUCCGUCUCCUUCGCGCUCUCCCUCCCGUUGCCUGUCUGCCCUCCCUCCCUUCGCCUUCGCGCUCUCUCUCCCGUCGCCUGUCCGCUCCCCCUCCCCUCGCCUUCGCGCUCUCCCUCCCGUCGGCGCCCUCCCUCCCGUCUCCUUCGCGCUCUCCCUCCCGUUGCCUGUCCGCCCUCCCUACCUUCGCCUUCGCGCUCUCUCUCCCGUCGCCUGUCCGCUCUCCCUCCCAUCGCCUUAUCGCUCUCCCUCCCGUCGCCUUUCUCCUUCCCCACUUAUCUCCUAUCGCUCACGUCCUCCCCUCCCAUCGGCAUCGCGCUCACGUUCCGCCCUCCCGUCACCAUCGCGCUCACGUGCACCUGUCUUCGCAUCGCCUUCGCGCUCAUGGCCUCCCCUCCGAUCACGUCUCGCGACAUAAGUUAA